AUGGCUAUAACACCCCGCCGAAAACCUUCCCGGAAGGGAUCAAUGGCUGAUAUGCCGAAGGAUGUGCUUGACCAGCUCAAGACGCUGGAAGAGCUCUUCACAGUUGACCAGGAGAAGCUGAAGCAGAUCGUUGAGCAUUUCAUCAAGGAGUUACAGAAGGGCCUCAGUGUCGAAGGCGGAAACAUUCCCAUGAACGUGACUUGGGUUCUGGGAUUUCCCACUGGCCAUGAGAAAGGUACAUUUCUGGCUCUGGACAUGGGGGGCACCAACCUGCGCGUCUGCGAAAUUGAGCUCUCCGAAGAGAAGGGCGAGUUUGAUGUCACACAGUCCAAGUAUCGAAUCCCCGAAGAGCUCAAGAGCGGUGAAUCAUCAGAACUAUGGGAAUAUAUUGCCGACUGUGUACAGCAGUUCAUAGAAUACUACCAUGACGGUUGCACGGCUUUGCCAGACCUGCCGCUGGGCUUUACCUUUUCGUACCCUGCUACUCAAGAAUAUGUUGACCACGGUGUCCUACAGAGAUGGACCAAGGGUUUUGAUAUUGACGGCGUCGAGGGCAAAGACGUCGUCCCAAUGUUAGAAGAAGCUUUGGCUAAGAAGGUUAAAAAUUCAGCUCUUUCCCCAUUUUUCUUUGGCUAUAUGGUGCUAAUUACUUUACAGGGUCUCCCCAUUAAAGUUGCCGCUCUAGUAAACGACACGACUGGCACACUUAUUGCUUCCGCCUACACUGACCCAGAGAUGAAAAUCGGCUGUAUCUUCGGCACAGGCGUCAACGCCGCCUACAUGGAAAAUGCGGGCUCUAUCCCUAAAAUAGCCCACUACAAUUUACCUCCCGACACCCCAGUCGCUAUCAACUGCGAAUACGGCGCCUUCGACAACGAACUCAUUGUCCUCCCCCGAACGCAGUAUGACGACGUAUCCCAACUACGUAAACCAUACUCCCUGGACUCCUCCUUCCUAGCCUUCAUCGAAGAAGAUCCCUUCGAGAACCUGUCAGAAACGCGAGAUCUCUUCGAACGCACCCUGGGGAUCUACGCAUUGCCCUCGGAGCUAGAAUUCUGCAGACGCCUGGCGGAAUUGAUCGGCACACGUGCCGCACGCCUCUCCGCUUGCGGUGUUGCGGCCAUCUGCAAGAAGAAAAAUAUCACCCAUUGCCAUGUCGGAGCGGACGGGUCGGUGUUCGAGAAGUACCCGCAUUUCAAGGCCAGGGGCGCCAGAGCCCUGCGGGAGAUCCUUGACUGGCCAGAUAGUGAACCGGAUCGGGUUGUGAUGAGCGGAGCGGAGGAUGGGUCUGGCGUUGGUGCGGCGCUUAUUGCGGCUUUGACGCUUGAGAGGGUUAAACAAGCUUCUUGGGAAUGGAAGUACAUCGGAAGCGGUCUGUCUUAA